GGAUAGUGUUCCGUAGAUAGCCAUCUCUCUUUUUCUCUCUCUCCCAUCUGGCCAUCUGCCAAAGCCAAGGGAGAAGAAAGAAGAAGACGCCGCACACAACACACAACUCAAAAACCUUAAAAAACCCAAAAAACAAAAAACACACACACACCUAUGUGUCUAUCCAUUUCUCUAUCUAUUCACUCAUCACUAACAUCAAACUCUCCAAAAUAACCGUUUCAUGUCUCGGAUCCUGUGAUUCGGAUCCCUAGGUAGGACCAACCAGCUCCCCCUUCGGCUUCUUUCUAUCGUUCUUUCAUUUUCUUGGGUCUCCGUUAUCCACCGUUUGAUCCGGUUCCCGGUUUUCCGCCAUGACGCGACGAUGCUCCCAUUGCAGCCACAAUGGGCAUAACUCGAGGACCUGCCCGAACCGCGGCGUCAAGCUUUUUGGGGUCCGAUUGACCGAUGGCUCGAUCCGGAAGAGCGCUAGCAUGGGCAAUCUUACCCACUACGCCGGUUCCGGGUCCGGUUCAGGACCUAUCCACGCUUCUGGGUCCAAUAACCCCGGUUCGCCCGGGGAUAACCACGAUAACGCGGCUACCGCUGACGGUUAUGCUUCCGAGGACUUCGUUCCUGGCUCCUCUUCUAGCUCCCGUGAAAGAAAGAAGGGGGUUCCAUGGACUGAGGAGGAACAUAGAAUGUUUUUACUUGGAUUACAAAAGUUGGGCAAAGGUGAUUGGCGUGGAAUUGCAAGGAACUAUGUUAUAUCAAGGACCCCUACUCAAGUGGCCAGUCACGCUCAAAAGUAUUUCAUCAGGCAAAGCAAUGUGUCUAGACGGAAAAGACGCUCCAGCUUGUUUGACAUUGUUGCAGAUGAAGCAGCUGAUGAUACUCCAAUGGUACAGCAAGACUUCUUGUCAGCUAACCAGUUACAGGCUGAAACAGAAGGCAAUAACCCCUUGCCUGCGGUUCCCACCCUCGACGAAGAGUGUGAAUCCAUGGAUUCCACCAACUCCAAUGAUGGAGAUUCUGCGCCAUUAAAGCCUGAAAACUCUCAACCACCACAACAGCAGUCAUCUUAUCCGGUGCUAUAUCCUGCAUACUAUUCUCCUUUCUUCCCAUUUCCUCUGCCCUAUUGGUCAGGGUACAGUCCAGAGCCUAAUACUGUGAAGGAGGAGACACACGAGGUGCUGAAGCCAACUGCAGUGCAUUCCAAAGCACCAAUCAACGUUGACGAACUCGUUGGCAUGUCAAAACUGAGCUUGGGAGAGACUAUUGCAGACUCAGGCCCGUCCUCUCUGUCCCUGAAGCUUCAAGAAGAAGGGCCAUCUCGGCAGUCAGCGUUUCAUGCAACCCCAACAUGUGGCAGUUCGAAUAUGAAUGAGAGUGCCAUCCAUGCAGUUUGAGAUGUUUGUUUGUGUUGCAAGGAGGGCAUUGUAUUCAUGGCUCAUGAAAUGUGGUUCUUGUCUUCUCAUGUAUGUGGUUGUUGGGAUGUAUAACCUUAAUAAUUGUUUCUUUGCCCCCAUGAUGGGAAUUAACCUAGUUUAUUUCCUUUGCUGGUAGGGAAUAGUGUCUAGGAAAUUACUUAGGUCUAAAUCAAAACUCUUUAAAAUAUGUCCAGUUAUUUGUAUUCUCAAUGUUAUUAUGUAAAGUUGAUUAUGCAGUGUGACAAUCUAUUUCUCUACCCUGAAGUAGUUUUUGUUUUC